AUUUUUAUAUUAUUAGUAAAGGUGGGGGUUUCACCAUGUUGGCCAGGCUGGCCUCAAACUCCUGGCCUCAAGUGAUCCAUCCGCCUUGGCCUUCCAAAGUGUUGGGAUUACGGGAGUGAGCCACCACGCCUGGCCUGACUUACUUGUUCACACAGCCUAUAUAGGUAGAAGAUUUCUAGUCAUGUAAUCACAGGUUAAUUGGUGCAUUGUGCCUAAUUAAGCAUAAAUUUCAUUUCCCUAUAAAUUAGUAAUUUUCAAGAGUUUUAUUUAAAUUUGAUUUUUAGUAUCCUUAGGUAGGACCUUAGGAUACUACACACGGUUUGAUCUCAUUGCUUCUUAUUUAAAUUUUUUCACACUUUCCAGGGUGAGUGGUUUCCCACUACAAUUUCCAAAUAUAUGGGAUGCAGGGCCUCAAAUCCAUCACCCUCAUACCACAGCCUAACUCUUCAAGGGCUUGUAGUAAAAUCUGUGUCUGAACAUUUCACAUGAGAGGAAAGCAGAGAAUAACCACCAGACAUUUUCCCGAAAAAACCUUUCUGCCUCUCCUCCUUUUAUCUUUCCUAGACACAGACACCUUAUCAGGAUGUCUUUGGGAUGAGGUUCCUUUGUGGAAACUUUACAGGGUGUUGUGUCUUCAGUACACAGUAUCCUUUUUGUUUGUUUGUUUGUUUGUUUUUGAGACGGAGUCUCACUCUGUCACCCAGGCUGGAGUGCAGUGGCAUGAUCUCAGCUCACUGCAAACUCCGCUUCCCGGGUUCGUGCCAUUCUCCUGCCUCAGCCUCCCGAGUAGCUGGGACUACAGGUGCCCACCACCAUGCCCGGCUAAUUUUUUUUGUAUUUUUUGUAGAGACGGGGUUUUACUGUGUUAGCCAGGAUGUUCUCGAUCUCAUGACCUUGUGAUCCACCCACCUCGGCCUCCCAAAGUGCUGGGAUUACAGACGUAAUCCAGCCACCGUGCCCGGCCCUACACCCUCCUGUCUUUUCCAGGUUUUGGGUUUUAGAACUGCCUGAGGAUGACUCAAAAUACCCACGACUGCCCUGUGUCCUGGAGGUUCUAGUGGCUAUCAGCACCUAGGGGAGUGGGGCCUCCUGAGGGAGCAGCUGAAUGACUAAUGGUAGAGGAGAUGCCUGGUAUACUCUUCAUCUAAAUAACCAAUUCUUGGGGUGCUCAGCUUCUUUCUCCCAACUCCAGUUUCCAUUCAUUGGAGACACUUGGCCGUCAGCCAAUUGGAUGUUGCUAUUGAGGAAAAGGAGAAAUGAUUCCUAUCUUCUGGACUGUCUCAUCUGUGAAGAGAGAACUAUCCCAAAAGAUAAGGAAAGGCCACUUCAAUGGGGUGGAGCAAUAGCCUGCAAAGCAAAAUAUACAUGGGGGUACACAGGGGACACAAUGCAGUGUUGGUGGGAAAUAGUCAUUGAGCACUUCUCCUUUCCUCUUAUGUGAAAUGUUCAGGGAAUCACCACCAGACACUCUCCUGUCAAAAUAUGCAUGCUUCUCCUCCUUUCAUCUGUUCUGGAAACAGAUUUUAUCAGAUUGUCUUUUGGUUGAGGCUCCCCUUUGGAAACUUCAAAGGGUAUUGUGUCUUCAGCACACUCUCCUAUGUUUUCUUGGUCCUGGGUGGCAGAAUUGGGGUGACCUAAUAUGCCCACAGCUGCCAUGUCUCUUGGAGGGUCUAGUGAGUAUUAGCCCCUGAGUCACUCCUCCCAGGGGACAGACUGAGGUAGGAGAAUGGGGACCCCCAAGAGAGCAGCUGAAUGCCUUAUGAUGGAAGAAGACUCUAGUAUACUCUGCAUCUAGAUAGCCAACCCCUCGAGAUGCUCAGCUUUUUCCAAACCCCAGUUUCCUGAACUUGGAGACACAUAGCUGGUCAGCCAGUUGGAUGGUGCUAUUGAGAGAAAAGAGAAAUGAUUCCUGUCCUCUGGAUUGUGUCAACUGUGAAGGGAGACAAAACCCCAAAAAACAAAGCCCGCCCCAGCAGGGUGGACCAGUAGCCUGCAAAUCAGAAUAUGAAAGGGGGUACACAGGGGGGUAUAGUGCGGUGUUGGUGGAAAGUAGUCAUUGAGCGCUUCGGUGAGCAGGAUGGGGGUGGUCACCUAUCAUGUGAUAGGGUGAACUGUGCUGACAUGUAAGUCAGACAUCACUGUGUUCCAGCCAGCACUGCCCCUCUGUGGGCUUGUCCCUUGUAAAGAAUUGUUCACAGAUUGCAGCUUGAGUGUUUCAAAUUAACUUUACAUUGCAUUUGUCACUAGAGCCAAAUCCAAGAAUGAUUGGGUAGGUCAGUGAGACACAGAAGAGGCAACUCAACAAAGCCCAUGACAUACAGUGCAUGGCUCACAAUCCCAGGAGAUGAGGGCAGCACAGCUGCAGAGCAACACAGAGUGGGGGGAACAUCCAGGAUGCACAUUCAACCAGCAGGACCCAGUGGCCUUUGAUGAUGUUGCUGUGAACUUCACCCAGGAGGAGUGGGCUUUGCUGGAUAUUUCCCAGAGGAAGCUCUACAGGGAAGUGAUGCUGGAAACUUUCAGGAACCUGACCUCUAUAGGAAAAAGGUGGAAAGACCAGAACAUUGAAUAUGAGUACCAAAACCCCAGGAGAAACUUCAGGAGUGUCAUAGAAGAAAAAGUCAAUGAAAUUAAAGAAGACAGUCAUUGUGGAGAAACUUUUACCCUGGUUCCAGAUGACAGGCUGAACUUCCAGGAGAAGAAAGCUUCUCCUGAAGUAAAAUCAUGUGAAAGCUUUGUGUGUGGAGAAGUUGGCCUAGGUAACUCAUCUUUUAAUAUGAACAUCAGAGGUGAAACUGGACACAAGGCAUAUGAGUAUCAGGAAUAUGGACUGAAGCCAUGUAAGUGUCAACAACCUAAAAAAGCCUUCAGAUACCGCCCCUCCUUUAGAACACAAGAAAGGGAUCACACUGGAGAGAAACCCAAUGCUUGUAAAGAAUUUGGAAAAACCUUUAUUUCCCAUUCAAGCGUUCGAAGACACAUGGUAAUGCACAGUGGGGAUGGACCUUAUAAAUGUAAAUUUUGUGGGAAAGCCUUCCAUUGUCUCAGUUUAUAUCUUAUCCAUGAAAGAAUUCACACUGGAGAGAAACCAUGUGAAUGUAAACAAUGUGGUAAAUCCUUUAGUUAUUCUGCUACCCUUCGAAUACAUAAAAGAACUCACACUGGAGAAAAGCCUCAUGAACAUCAGGAAUGUGAGAAAGCGUUUCAUAGUCCCAGAUCCUAUCAUAGACAUGAAAGGAGUCACACGAGAGAGAAGGCUUAUCAGUGUAAGGAAUGUGGAAAAGCAUUCACGUGUCCCCGUUAUGUUCGUAUACAUGAAAGGACCCACUCUAGGAGAAAACUUUAUGAAUGUAAGCAGUGUGGGAAAGCAUUAUCCUCUCUUACAAGUUUUCAAACACACAUAAGAUUGCACUCUGGAGAAAGACCUUAUGAAUGUAAGAUAUGUGGAAAAGACUUUUGUUCUAUGAAUUCAUUUCAAAGACAUGAAAAAAUUCACAGUGGAGAGAAACCCUAUAAAUGUAAGCAGUGUGGUAAAGCUUUCCCUCAUUCCAGUUCCCUUCGGUAUCAUGAAAGGACUCACACUGGAGAGAAACCCUAUGAGUGUAAGCAAUGUGGGAAAGCCUUCAGAUCUGCCUCACACCUUCGAGUGCAUGGUAGGACUCACACUGGAGAGAAACCGUAUGAAUGUAAGGAAUGUGGGAAAGCCUUCAGAUAUGUGAAUAACCUUCAAAGUCAUGAAAGGACACAAACACACAUAAGAAUACACUCUGGAGAAAGACGUUAUAAAUGUAAGAUAUGUGGGAAAGGCUUUUAUUGUCCCAAAUCAUUUCAAAGACAUGAAAAAACUCACACUGGAGAGAAACCCUAUGAAUGCAAGCAACAUUCAGUAGUUCCAGUUCCUUUUGAUGUCAUGAAAGGACUCACACUGGAGAGAAACCGUAUAAAUGCGAGCAAUGUGGGAAAGCCUUCAGAGCUGCCUCAAAACUUCAAAUGCAUGGCAGGACUCACCCUGAAGAGAAACCCUAUGAGUGUAAGCAAUGUGGGAAACAGAUCUGCCCCACACCUUUGAAUGCAUGGUAGGACACACAGUGGAGAGAAACCCUAUGAAUGUAAGGAAUGUGGGAAACCCUUCGGAUCUGCCCAGAACCUUCGAAUUCAUGAAAGGACACAAACACACAUAAGAAUGCACUUUGUAGAAAGACCUUAUAAAUGUAAGAUAUGUGGGAGAGGCUUUUAUUCUGCCAAGUCAUUUCAAAUACAUGAAAAAUCUUACACUGGAGAGAAACCCUAUGAGUAUAAGCAGUGUGGUAAAGCAUUUGUUUCUUUCACUUCCUUUCGAUAUCAUGAAAGGACUCACACUGGAGAGAACCCCUAUGAGUGUAAGCAAUGUGGGAAAGCCUUCAGAUCUGUCAAAAAUCUUCGAAUUCAUAAAAGGACACACACUGGAGAGAAACCCUAUGAAUGUAAGAAAUGUGGAAAAGCGUUCCAUAAUUUUUCUUUGCAAAUACGUGAAAGGAUGCACAGAGGAGAGAAGCCCUGUGAAUGUAAGCAUUGUGGGAAAGCAUUCAUAUCUGCCAAGGUCCUUUGAAUACAUGCAAGAACACACAAUGGAGAGAAACCCUAUGAAUGUAAAGAAUGCAGAAAAGCAUUCAGCUUGCCUACUUCCUUUCAUAGACAUGAAAAGACUCACACUGGAAGGAAACACUAUGAAUGCAAGCAAUGUAGCAAAGCUUUCACUUCUUCCAGUUCUUUUCAAUAUCAUGAAAGAACUCACACUAGGGAGAAACCCUAUCAAUGUAAGCAGUGUGCAAAAGCCUUUAUUUCUUCCACUUCUUUUCAAUAUCAUGAAAGGACUCACAUGGGAGAGAAACCCUAUGAGUGUAUGCCAUGUGGGAAAACCUUCAUUUCUUCUAGUUCCCUUCGAUAUCAUGAAAGGACUCACACUGGAGAGAAGCCCUAAGAGUAUAAGCAAUGUGGGAAAGCCUUCAGAUCAGCCUCGCACCUUCAAAUGCAUGGAAGGACUCACACUGGAGAGAAACCAUAUGAAUGUAAGCAGUAUGAGAAAGCAUUCAGACCUGACAAGAUUCUUUGAAUACAGAUAAUGAAUGUAAACAAUUAACUGUUUAUAAUAACUGUAUACUAACAAAUCUUAUUUUUAAA